AGCUUUAUGAAGUCUCUAACAUACAUUCGAAUGGAGGAGUCUCCUGACAACGUUCACAGUCUAGAGGCGUUUUUCUCCGAAAGUUCGUAGAAUCCCCCAACUGAUAACGUGCGGGGUCUAUAUGACAAUUUUCAUCACUGGGCUUCUCUCGUCCAAAAAUGGACACUCUCUGUUUGUGGUGGGUGAAUGGUUGGAUGCAAACCUUCAUACUCAAUCAAAUACUGAGAUGGCUGAAGAAACCAAAGGUAGUGAGACUUGUAUGUCUUGUUUCAUCUGUCGUUGGACUGUUCUGUUAUGCACUCAGUUCCUCUUUUAACCAUUUACUGGGAAGCUGGAGCUGGUGGAAGAUGCUUCUUUAUAUUCUUUUCAGUUCAAUCACUUGCCUUGCCGUCUUGUUCACACCGGCAAGGUCGAGCUCCUCCUCACACCGGUUGGAAUUUCAUUUUGCAUUUUUGGUUCUAACAGUCACUUCUCUUUAUUCCUUUUUGUUUGAUAAUGUGGUGAAGGGUAAACCAGAUGCAUACAGCCUGAUCUCUUGCGCUGCUUUUGCUACCAUGUCGCUUGGAUUGUCUAAUCUUACUCAAUUUGGAUUUCAGAUCGAUUUGCUAUAUUUCUUCUGUGGAGGUCUAACAGUACAACUCAUGAAAAUCAAACUGUGGUUAGUCGUCGUUGGAGGGGGCUUCAGUUAUUCCCUCCUUCAGCUUCGUGACUAUCCGAGCGACAGACAAGGGGAGAAUCUUCAGCUCCAAGUCCAAAAUCAAGUAAUCAUUCAAGUUGAUGAUUCGGGGAGUGUUAGUAGUAGCAGUCCUGUUACCAUGUCACAACAAGCUAAUGCUGAUGUUGAAAGUACUCUUGGUACCUCACCAGAAGAUGGGGAUUUCAGAUUCCAAGAUCAUCUACUCACUCAAAGCAAUUCACCCUCACAAGAUGGAAGUGUUGAUGAUGUUCUUAUCAUCCAACAACAACUCAUGAAUUGUGUAAAGGAGCUUGAGAAGGAGAAUCAGAGGCUUGUUCCCAUGGUUUGUAGCCACGUGGAGAAAUACCUUAAAGUCGUGUUUGAUUCCAAAGAAGUACCACAUCCUGACGUAAACUUGGUGAUGGAUGCACUUCCAUCGGGAAUUAUGGGACGCCUUAAGGAAAACGUGAAGCUGAUGGUGGAAGCAGGUUUUACAGAGGAAUGCAGCGACAUCUACAGCAAAUGGCGAAGGGAGUUUUUAAAACAGUGUCUGCAGGCACUUAGGUUGCAAUUUGAAACGCCCAACAAUGAGGACGUUGAGAAGUGGUUAAAAACGUGCAAGGCAGCUGGGAAAAUACUUUUUCCCAAUGAAAGGAGACUCUGUGAUUACCUCUUUUCCAGGUUCUCCGUCGCUGCUGCGGAUGUCUCCUUCGAAAAAGUUUGCAAGGAACUGACGAUUAAUGUAGUGAAUUUUGCCGAUACUACCAUAACAACUGGGACCUAUUUGCCGAAUCUUUUGUUCAACAUCGUCCCUAAAAUGUCGGAAUCAUUGGGCGAGCUGAUACAGGACUUCAUCUCACCGGCUUUGUUUGACAAAUUGUCGUUUGUAGAUGAUAUUGAAGAUGUUCGGCAAAGAUUGGCUACCGUAAACAGGGUGGGGAAUAUUAUUUACCAUACUACUGUGCAGGCACCUGUUACCGACGGAGGGCUUCAUCUGAUUACAAAGGAAGUAAUGAAACAUAUCCUUGGAUUUUGUGAUUUUAAGUUAGAGCCGGCUGCCCUAUCUUAUCGCGUCAGAAUUGCUUCCUUUUGGGUGGUGAUAGGAAAAAUGGUUGAGUUGUUAGAGAGCGAAUUGGAAGUCAAGUCUAAAGACUACUACGCUGACCCCGCAUUGGGCUUUGUUUUUAUGCUCAAUAAUCUUAACUACAUAGCCCAAAAGACGAAGUUUUUGAAAAUGGAUGAUGAUUGGUUUCGACGAAACAGGGCAAAGGUACAGCAAAAGCGCAACUUGUAUCUAAGAAGGUCGUGGAACAAGAUUGUGGAGUUUUUGAAGAUUGGGAAAAAUGAGUCGGCGGAAGCUGAUGUGGUAGCGGAGUUGAUGAAAGAAAAGCUGCAUUUGUUCAACCUGCAUUUUGAGGAGACAUGCACAACACAAUCUACAUGGACUGUCUCUGAUAUGCAACUGAAGCGACGAAUAAUAAAAUCCAUAGAAGAGUUUUUGUUGCCACAAUAUGGAAAGUUUUGUGACAGGUUUCGAGUUGUUUUUGGUAAUCAAGCUUAUCAUUAUAUUAAGUUUGGAUUUCUAGACAUUCAAAAUUGUCUCAACCAUUUGUUUCUUCUAGAUGAGGAGAUGAAUACGAAAGACAAGAAAAACAUAUGAAAUUUGUUUGUAAAAAUUUUGAAUACAAAAUUACACUAUCACAAGUGCAGUUUAUAAAA